UGCAGCCUCUCUCUCUCUCUCUCAUCUCAUCUCAGCCUCCUCCCACACCUCCAUCCCCAAUUUUGGUCUCUGGUUCUCUGUUCUCAUGUCUGUGUAUAAUAUCCAUAACCCAAUUUGGUUGUCUCAAUUAUACUAUUUUUGAGAUAAGAGUAUUAUAUACAGAGAUGGAACACAAUCCCUAAGGGAAUUUGAAGGAUCACAAGGCGAUACAGACCGAUCCAUGGCUUGUGGUGAUCUAAUGCACGGUUCUCCUGGACAGUGGAGCAAAUACGAAUUUCUGCAAUUCAACUGGAAUGACGCCUCUGCACAGCGUCGUCACAGUAAAGUGGUUCAUGCCAUACGUUGAGCUUCUCACUCAAAAAGGAGCUGAUUUGGAGGCUCAAAAUUCCAGAGGAGAGUCUCCACUUCACAUGGCAUGUUCUGCAAAUAACGACCCUUGUGUUGAGUAUCUUCUCCAAAAAGGAGCAAGCAUCAACUGUCUAUCUCUGAAACGUCACACACCUCUUCAUUAUGCAUGUGGCAUUGGCAGAAAAUCCAUUGUGGAGCUUCUUCUCGAGAAAGGAGCUCACAUGGAUGCUCAAAGUGAGGAACAAGGAACGCCUCUAAACGUGGCAUGUCUCUCCAAUAGCCCGUUGUGUACUCAGGUUCUCCUAGAGAAAGGAGCACAAACCGAGUUCAAAGACUAUAGCGGAAAUACUCCUUUUAUGAUUGCAUUGAAGCAUAAAUACUUGAGUUGUUUGGUGCAUCUUUUCAAACGGGGCGUUGAUAUGAAUGCACGAAACUUAGUAGGAGAUACGCCCCUUCACUUGGCAUGUAGGGAUGGUUAUGACUCGCACUUUGUGAAGCUUAUCGUUGAAGGAGGGGCUAAUGUUAAUGCUCAAAAUCACAAGGGAGAUACUCCUCUUCAUUUGGUCUGCAGGAAAGGCUCCUUAUCGAGUCUUGAGGUUCUCCUAACUGCCCGUGCUAAUCCAGCUAUCACUAAUGACGCUAAUUAUAGAGGACGACAUGUUCUUAUCGAAGACCAAGAACGAGGAAACAGCACAUAAGAUCCGCAAACAUAACAAGGUCAGAGCAGACCAAGCAUAAAAAAAAAACAGAAAAACGAGAGACAUUGAUUCUUCAACAGAUUCGAUAUAUAAUCAAGCUCUUAGAUAACCAAGGAUUUCAUGCUACUAACGGUAGCCAGGUGCUCCUUCGGAUUGUGAGACUGUUUUGCAAAGUCCAGUUGAUCAUCUCGGAUCCUGGGGCCAUUUUCACGUACCAACUCAUCAAGCCAAGACAAAACAUCAGGAUGAACAAAGUCGGCAACAUUAUGAACAUCAACAUCAACAGCUAGAGGGAAUGUACAGUCUUCAUCAGCCAAGAUGGCGUCGCACUUGGUCUUUCUCAAAGUAGAAGCAGCAGCAUUAUUCUCAAAUUCCAAACAGCUAUCUGGCAGGCUUGCUAUGUACUGCCUGACCUUUUCGAGAUAAGCCAAACUAGGCAUGCAUCUCAUUGCAACAGUAUACAUACACCCUAAAGCAUUUACUUCAAGGCGCUUGAACUUUUCCAAUGAAUCACAAUCACCAUUGUCAAUUAGGUCUCCCUAUUCAAGACCUUAUCACCUAUUUUUUUAAAAAAGCGUUUUGCCAAAAGAAGUUGCGCAAAAGAAAUGAUGGCUUUCUCUUUCUC